AUGCCAGAACAUCUCACUCAUUAUCUUGUCUGUCAUGGUUUGAUCUCACGCUCUGCAAAGCUCUCUGUAAUCCUCACACAGUCCUCCAUCUUUCAUGUGAGGCCCCUAUCCUCGCCCCACACGGCUCCUAUAAAAAGGCCGUCCCAUCUGGUUCCACUCUGGCCUCUCUGGACUCUGCACAGUGAAAUAAUGUCUGAAGUGGAAGAACACGGAUAUGUUUCUGGGGAUUUUCCGGCUUCACCCCAAGAUUAUGAUGACGAAGGAGAACGCCCUAGAUACAGGCCACAUGUCACUCAGCUCGCCCCCAAAAUCCCAGAAGGAGAACGGGUGGAUUUUGACGACAUUCACCGGAAAAGGAUGGAAAAGGACCUUCUGGAGCUGCAGACUUUGAUCGAUGUCCACUUUGAGCAGAGGAAGAGGGAGGAAGAGGAACUGAUCGGGCUCAAGGAGAGAAUUGAGAGUCGCAGAGCAGAGAGAGCUGAGCAGCAGCGAGUCAGAGCCGAAAAAGAAAGACACAGACAAACUCGAAUCGCGGAGGAGAGGCAGAGGAAGGAGGAGGAAGAGGCCAAGAAGAGAGCGGAGGAUGACGCCAAAAAGAAAAAAGUGCUUUCCAACAUGGGCGCACAUUUUGGUGGCUUCUUGGCAAAGGUUGAGCAGAGGCGAGGCAAAAAACAAACGGCAAGAGAGAUCAAGAAGAAGACACUGGCGGAGAGACGCACGCCACUGGCCAUUGAGAAUAUGAGAGAGGAUGGACUGAGAGCCAGAGCCAAAGAGAUGUGGGAGCAGAUCUACCAACUGGAGUCAGAGAAGUUUGAGCUGACAGAUAAGAUGAAGAGACAGAAAUAUGAGAUAAAUGUCCUACUGAACCGAAUCCAACACGCUCAGAAAUUCAAAAAAUGCCACGGGAAGGGGAAGGUUGGAGGACGAUGGAAGUAA